GUUGCAAUGAGUGAGGCUGGAAGGAGAAGUUAAUGGGCGCUCUCUGCGGACAAUUGGCCCCUGUGAGCAAACAGCCGCCCGCUCCUGCCUGGUGCCUACAGGGACACCGUACAACCCGGAGGGACUCGGAGAGGAAGCCCCGCUGCAAUAAGGCCCGGGGGUCUGACUGAGGGGUAACUAUGCCACUGCGAGACGGACACAAGUGGACUUUGUGACCUGCUGAGACAGGAAAUCGUGCAAAGAUCACAUUUUUGCAGCAAUGUAUGGAUACCAAUUUAUUUUGGAAAACAAUUAAUGCUCAUAUAUGUAUUACUCGACCUCUUAAAGAAGUGGUUCUACUAUUUUCGAUAACGCCAAGCUGAAGAAAAAUCCUGCUUUGAAAUCGUUUUUUAUUUGUUGAUGAGUCUGUGGGUUCCCGUUUGGAAAAACAAGGGAUUAACAAAAAGCCAUGAAAGAAAAAUCUAAAAAUGCAGCCCGGACUAGACGGGAGAAGGAGAACAGCGAAUUUUAUGAACUGGCUAAAUUAUUACCCUUGCCCUCUGCUAUCACCUCCCAGCUGGACAAAGCCUCCAUCAUACGCCUGACUACCAGCUAUUUAAAGAUGAGAGUGGUCUUUCCUGAAGGACUUGGUGAAGCCUGGGGGCACACUAGCAGGCCUAGCACGUUGGAUAAUGUUGGCCGGGAACUGGGAUCCCACCUUUUACAGACCCUAGAUGGAUUCAUCUUUGUGGUGGCCCCCGAUGGGAAAAUCAUGUACAUCUCAGAAACAGCUUCUGUCCAUCUGGGCUUAUCACAGGUAGAGCUGACUGGGAACAGCAUUUAUGAAUAUAUCCACCCUGCUGAUCAUGAUGAGAUGACAGCAGUUCUGACAGCUCACCAACCCUACCACUCACACUUUGUACAGGAAUAUGAGAUCGAACGCUCCUUCUUCCUACGGAUGAAAUGUGUUUUGGCAAAGAGGAAUGCGGGGUUGACGUGUGGGGGGUAUAAGGUGAUACAUUGCAGUGGGUACCUGAAGAUUCGCCAGUACAGUCUCGACAUGUCGCCAUUUGAUGGUUGCUAUCAAAAUGUGGGCCUGGUGGCUGUUGGCCAUUCCCUCCCUCCCAGUGCAGUCACAGAGAUUAAACUUCACAGCAAUAUGUUCAUGUUCAGAGCCAGCUUAGAUAUGAAGCUCAUAUUUUUAGAUUCCAGGGUAGCUGAACUAACUGGAUAUGAGCCUCAAGAUCUGAUUGAAAAGACUUUAUAUCAUCAUGUCCAUGGCUGUGACACAUUUCAUCUUCGCUGUGCACAUCACUUAUUGCUUGUAAAAGGACAGGUCACCACCAAGUACUACAGGUUCCUGGCUAAGCAUGGUGGCUGGGUGUGGGUACAGAGUUAUGCCACCAUUGUACACAACAGCAGGUCCUCCAGACCCCACUGUAUUGUCAGUGUGAAUUAUGUUCUAACGGAUACAGAAUACAAAGGACUACAGCUAUCUUUGGAUCAAGUUACAACAAAGCCACCAUUUUCUUAUACAAGCUCAAAUCCAACCAUAAAUGACAGCAGAAAAAGCAGUAAAGCUCGACUCUCCAACACAAAAUCUAAAUCCAGAACAUCACCCUACCCACAGUAUUCUGGAUUCCAUACUGAACGAUCUGAAUCAGACCAUGAAAGUCAAUGGGGCGGUAGCCCUCUUACUGACACAGCUUCACCACAACUUCUUGAUCCCAUAGAAAGACCAAGCUCCCACCAACACGAUGUAUCUUGUGCAUAUAGACAGUAUCCAGACCGAAGUGGCCUUUGCUUUGGAUUUUCCAUUGACCAUUCAAGGUUAAGUGAUGAUAGACACCACCAUAGUCAGUCGUGUGAAGGAGGCAGAUGUGAGGCUGGCAGAUACUUUCUUGGAAGUCCUCAGACUGGAAGAGAGACCUGGUGGGGUUCUCGAUCUGUGUUGCCUGUUCCAAAGACCUCUCCAGAUGGAAAAGACAUAUAUGAGGCUACCAUGCCACACAUUGCAUCAGGUCACAGAGCACAUGGAAGAAGUCAUUGGGAAGAAGAUAGUGUUGUCAGUUCUCCUGAUCCAGGCUCUGCAAGUGAAUCAGGGGAUCGUUACCGCACUGAUCAAUAUCAAAAUAGUCAUCAUGAACCAAGCAAAAUUGAAACUCUUAUACGUGCUACCCAGCAGAUGAUUAAAGAGGAAGAAAGCAGAAUACAGCUGCGCAAACCUAGUCCAGAUCAGCUAACUACCAUUAAUGGAGCUGGUAAAAGAAACUCUGUUUGUUUUGCAAAUUUUCACCAGCCACAGUUAACUGGAGUUGUGUGCCGUGGUCCACCUCUAUCUAACUCGUCUCCUUGUGACCAUGUUCAGCAACGGGAUGGAAAAAUCCUUAGUCCUCGUGACCACGAAUAUGAAAACAGCCCAAAUGCUUUGUCAAGAAUGAGUAGUCCAAAUUCUGACAGAGUUUCAAAAUCAAGUGUAACCAUAGCAAAAGAUUAUUUACAUGCAAAUUUGUCCCCAUCACCAGCAAUGGACCAUUCUGCAUCCCCAAAUUACUACAGUUCUCACAGGCAAUAUUUUGACAAACAUACUUACACUUUUACUGGGUAUGCUCUUGAACAUCUUUAUGACAGUGAAUCUAUUAGGAACUAUUCAUUGGGAUGUAACGGAACACAUUUUGAUGUGACUUCUCAUUUAAGGAUGCAACAGGAUUCUGCUCAAGUGCACAAGGGUACAUCAGUAAUUAUUAGUAACGGGAGUUGAUGAUUUUCUCUGACCUGUAUCAGGGUGUGUAUUAAAUGAAAAAGUGUAUUUUUUGUUUUAUCUCCCAUUUUUUUCCAGCAUUUGAGGAAUAAUAAUGCAAUAGAAAUGGUAAUGCAAUUAGGAAUUGGACUUAU